AUUAAAUUGAUGGGUACGAUUGGGGUAGAACGUCGACGGCUAUGGGAAAAAUAAAUUUGCUCUGUUGGUUUCACCUAUGAGCGCAUCCAACGUCGGCAACAGCUCUCUCCAUCCGUCCCCAACCCUCGUGCGUUGGCUCCGGCUCCUGUUUAAUUUCCUCGUCUCCGGCUCUCUUCCGCCCUUCUCUAAAUCCGAAACCCUUAUCCGAGGUUGCUCUUUGAAUCCCCGCGAAACGAUCGAGGGGGCGCAAAUCCUGCCCAUCGAGUCGUUUCGAGGGCUGGCGGGGAGAUGCUGAGCGAGGGGGCGGCGGGACGGAGGUGCCUGCCGACCGAAGUCGUAGCGGCCGAGGCGGUCCUUGCCGCCGUCGAUGGGGCCGUGGCGGUCGUCGCGUUCUUGCAGUUGUUGAGAAUUCACUUACGAAAUCGACAACUUGGCUGGACUCGGCAAAAGAUAUUCCAUAUCAUGAUUGGCUCAUCCAACAUAGGAUACUUGGCAUACUUCAUAUCUACUCUUGUUGCUACUUGUGAGGGAUGGAAGUGUUGGUCACAUGGUUGUGGAUUUGUCCUCAUGGUUUGUCCUCAGAUUCUCUUUCUAGCUGCAUUCCUUCUGCUUGUGUCUUUCUGGGUUGAUCUGUGCCAUCAGGCAAAUGAUGAAGAAGAAGAUGAUGAUGAACAUGGGUGUAAUGAAGCUUUGUUGGAAAAGGGAAAGCAUAAACAAAAUCAUCUUCAUGUUGAUAGCUGCAGGAGAUGUUGCUUUCCUCGAUCUGUUCAUGUUGGAAGUCGACAAAAAUUUGUAAUCUUGGUGAUUGCCCUGACUUUCGUUUCUAUGAUUGCUUUUGCUGUCUUGAUAUGGAUUGGUAGAGGGAAAAAUCCUAUUGAUUCUUCUCUUGUGGCUAGGGUUUAUCUGUAUAUUUUUUCGGUAGCUAUGCUCCUUCUAGGCGGUGUUUUGGCAUGCUACGGGGUGCUGCUGUUCUCAAAGAUGAGCAAUGUACGAUCUGAAAUGGCAUCAACUGAAAUGUGGAAGGUUGCAAGUUUGGCAGCUGUCACUGUUAUAUGUUUCACAUCAUCUGCUGUGCUAUCUCUUGUUACUAAUAUUCCAUUGCAGGUUCUUUCGUAUUGGCAUUUGGCUCCUUCAGACUGCUUAAGCAGUUCUGCUUUUAUAUUUCUCUAUUAUUUUAUAGGCUCAUCAGUACCGUCAGGUUUUGUGUUAUGGAUUAUGAGAGAAAUGCCUCCUCGUCUUGUAGCUGAUAGUGAUAGACCAGCACCAUCCACCAUAGUAACUUUUAUCAGAGAAAGAAGUACACCUACUCAAAAUCCGCAAUGGAGGGCUAGUGUGGCAUCCUCUCAGAAUAAGGGUCUUAAAGCAAGCCCCAUCUAGGGUGUAUUUGCCCGUGAAUUCUAUGUAAGUCUAAACAGGGGACAAUUCCAUACACGGGCUUCCAUCUGUGGAGCCAGUGUUACAGUGGUGGCUGUUGCGAGUCGACCAUUCGAGCAAACCAUUUCUGCUUGGGCUUGGCUAGAUCAACGAGUUUGGAUGGCCUAAUGAAACACUCCCAACCCAUGACAAACUUAUUUACCAGAUGAUAUGAUGAUCAACAGCACUAGGUUUAGCAGAGUCAAAAUGUAUAUAGUCUGUAAGGUCAUUGCAGUGCAGGCAAGUGGUGUUCGGUCCUAUCUCUCUCUGAUCCAAUCAUAUAUAAUAGCAGUGAUGUCUUGUUACUUGGUUUACUUUCAUCUUUAACCAAAUUUUAUGACUUUGAGCAUCCGUAGUAGUUACAGACCCAAUCUUUCCUGCUGCGGAUAUGUUAGACUUAGCUUUAUAAGCGAUCAUGACAUUUCCAUGUAAUAAUUUCGGCCGGAAGAGUAGCAAUGGCUGUGUUGGUUUUUCUUUUAUAAA